AUUUUUGUCAAAUUUUGAUGGAAAAUAGCAAGAUUUCAGAGGAGUUUAGUCAGUGGUGAGCAACUGAGCAAGGCUCACUCAUUCACCAAAUGCUUGAAGUAAAUCUUAACCUGAAACCAAGGAAGAUUAAAACACACUCAGAUGUGGUGCUCAAGACAGGAACAGAGUCUAUCCAAAAGUUUAAGGAGUCAAGAUCAAUUAAUCUAGUAAAUCCCAAAGCAGAGCCUGAAAAAAUGAAGAAGAAGCUAUCAGAGUUUCUUCAAGAAGAUGAGAUCCUCGAUAACACCGUUCCAUGAAAUGAGCUUGAUAUGGGAAGCUUUAUUUUCCAAAAUCGAGAGUUUUCUCAUGAGCCAAUACAAAAGCUAAAGCAAGAAUAUGCACUAAAGAAUGAUGGGCUUCCGACACCAGUCGCUCCUGAAGAGUCUGCACAAGGAGAAAAGUAUACUUUCACGAAGUACUACAAUGAUUUGGUCAACAAGAGGAAAAUCAAGAGAGAAAUUCCAGAUUUUUACAUUGGUGUUGACUUCUCUAAACUGAGAGAAGGUAAGAGAAGGAUCAUCAAUGUUGAAAUGAUAUCUGAUACAGAGUUUGGAGUCACCCACACUUUUAUGAUAACUCAAGAAUUAGUUGCCAUUUUCAGAAAAUAUGAGGGAAGAUUUGAGAGAGAUUACAAAAUGACAGUGAUGGAGUUUAGACAUUACCCAGAAUUCCUUGUAGAAAUCCAAGCAUUCGCGAAGCCCAAAAAUCUGAUAGUGUAUCCAGUGCCAGAGUUUGUUUUUGAUUUGAUGUCAAACCCAGUCCCAUUCUCUAACGAAUUAGUUGAUAAUUUUGUUGGGUAUGAUUACAGAAAGGAUCUAGGAAUGUUUCCUCUCACAGAUGAUCUGCCUCAUAGUCUCCAAGAGUCCCUUUAUAACUUCCAACUUGAAGGUAUCAAAUUCGGUAUCGAACAUCAUGGGCGCUGAUUGAUUGGAGAUGAGAUGGGAGUCGGUAAAACCAUCCAAGCUCUUGGAAUAGCUUGCCUUUAUAAAGAAGACUGGCCUCUACUCAUAGUCGUCCCUUCAUCUCUUAGAUUUAACUGGAGAGAUGAGAUUCUAAAAUGGCUAGAUCACAUUCUUCCUCAUGAGAUACAAAUUAUUUCAAGAGGUAACCAAGAGUUUGACCCUGGAGCAAAGAUCUUUAUCACUAGUUAUGAUCUGGCAACCUUAGAUUCAGCAUUUAUCAGUUGCUGAGAGUUUAAAAUAAUAAUUUGAGAUGAAGCCCAUUAUUUGAAGAGUAGGAAUUCUGAUAGGUCCAAAAACCUCAUCCCAAUGUUAAUGAAAGCAAAGAGAACCCUAGUUUUAUCUGGAACACCCAUGCUUCAGAGACCUAUUGAGAUUUAUAAUAUUUUAAGAGUGGUCAGACCAGAUAUUUUCCACGAUUUCGAACAAUUUGGAUACAGAUAUUGUGCCCCGAGAGAGACAUAUAGCGGUAUCAGCUGGAAUGGUUCCAGCAACAUCAGAGAAUUACACUACAUUCUAUCUAAAAAAAUCAUGAUCAGAAGACUCAAAGUUGAUGUCCUAACAGAACUUCCCACUAAGACUAGGCAAAAGGUAUAUGUUUCCACUGAAAUAGGAUCAAUGAAAAAGAUCAAUAUGUUUGUGAAGAAAAUUCAGACCUGGAGCAGCAGAAUUCCUAAACUUAAAGAAAGAGAUGAUCCCUUUGCUUAUAUUACUGAAGAGUUUGAAAGACUUACUAAGAAAGGAGAUUUACUCAAUGACUCUACUCUUCAUGCUCUGAGUGACAUGAGAUCAUAUCUGAGCGAAGCCUAUGCUAUUACAGGUCAGGCCAAAAUGAAAGGAGUCAUCGAAUUUAUGAACGGACUUAUCGAAAAUAAACAGAAAUUCCUCAUCUUUGGUCACCACUAUGAAGUACUUGAUGCUCUUGAAGAUUAUUGUAUUAGAAAUAGGCUAAAUUAUAUCAGAAUUGAUGGAAGAGUUGAUCAGCAGAAUCGGUAUAAGGCUGUUAAGAAGUACCAGACAGAUCAGGAAUGUUUAAUAGCAAUACUAUCUCUGACAGCAAGUUCCCAAGGAAUUACACUCACAGCUGCCAACACUGUAGUCUUUGCAGAGCUAAUGUGGACUCCAGGAAUUAUGGUGCAAGCUGAGGAUAGAGCUCAUCGUAUUGGACAAGUUAAUACUGUAAAUGUCUACUAUCUUGUAGCAAGAAAUACAGUUGAUGAUAUGAUUUAUCCAAGACUUAAACUCAAAUCUACUGUGAUAUCAAGUGCUCUUGACGGUAAGGAAAAUCCGUUUAUUCUCAGAAGGGAUGGAGAAAAGCCUAGGGUCUAUGAUAAAGAUAAGAAAGUAAAGGAUCAUUACAUAAAAAGAUUUAACAAGCUUUCUAAAAGUAUCGAUCCAACCGGAAAGGAGCAGUCAAACAUCUCUGAUUUCUUUUUCUCAAAUGCUUAUUCCAAAAAUGACAAGAAGCCUAAGAAGAUCGCUAAGGAUGAAAAUAUAAAAGCUGAGGGGACUAAAGCUGAUCCUUGAAAGACAGAAGCUCAUAGAUCCUCUACCAAAUCAGAAAAAUUCAAGGAUGAUUCUGAAAUAUUUAUCAAAACCAACUAUUCUUCUAAGGAAGAACUUCUGCCAGAUGAAAAGGAGGAAUACGAGAAUCUUUCAGUUGGAUCUUGUGAUUCUGACCAAGAAAUCAGUGAAAUACCCGAGCCAACACUAUUCUCAGAGUCAAUAGCAGAAGAUCAUCUUGAGCAGAGCAAUAUAGUCGAUGUCGAAAAUGAAUCAUGGAGUGUGUAUUCCAAUCCAAUGUGGGACGAAUACCGCAAACUUCGGUUCCAAAGAAACAGGCUGAUUUGGGACACACAAACUUUUGAUAAGUUCACACCUGUUUGGAAGCAAAUGCGAGGUAAGAUCGGUCGACCUAAAGAUCGUAAAAAUAUCACAAUUGACGAACAAAUAUGCCAUGAUAUGCUAGAAGCUGAGGAAGCUGAAAAGGAAAUGCGUCUUCAAGAGCAAAGAGAUUACGAAAGAAGAGAGACUGUGUUGAGAGAGAAAAAUAAAGGAGUUAAACAUAAACAAAAGGAAGCUCAUAAGUUCAUGGAUAUCUAUGCAGCAGAGAUUGAAGGCGGCAAUGUAUCUGCGUAUUUAGGAGAUUAUCUCCAAACACGAUCUAUGGGAGUUAAAAGUGAAGCUCAUUCAUAUUUUAAGCGUAAAAAGAUUAAUUAA